AACGCACACUACUAGCUCUUAAAAAGAUGUCAAGGAGCUGUAGUAAUAUUAGUAUAAUAGAGCCGUUAAUAGUGGGAAGAGUAGUAGGAGAUGUGGUUGAUAAUUUCGUUCCAAAUGUGAAAAUGAAUGUUAUUUACAAUUCCUCUAAACAAGUCGCCAAUGGCCACGAGCUUCUCCCUUCUCUUAUUUCCUUUAAACCUCGCGUUGAAGUUGCCGGCGACGACAUGAGAUCAGCUUUCACUUUGAUUAUGGUCGACCCAGAUGCUCCAAGCCCAAGUGAUCCUUAUCUUAGGGAAUACCUUCACUGGAUGGUCACGGACAUCCCUGGUACCACUGAUGCUUCUUUUGGGAAGGAGAUAAUGAGUUACGAGAGUCCAAAGCCACAUAUUGGGAUUCAUCGCUAUGUGUUUGUGUUGUUCAAGCAACGAGGAAGACAGACUGUGAGAUUAUCCUCCUCCUCCUCCUCGUCUUCAAGAGCCAAUUUUAAUACUAGACACUUCUCUGAAGCCAAUGGCCUGGGCCUCCCCGUUGCCGCUGUUUAUUUCAAUGCUCAAAGAGAAACCGCCGCUAGAAGAAAAUGAACAACUAACAAUAUAAUUAAAGACCUGAGGAUGGGUUUUCUUUUCUUUUCUUUUUCUUUUUUUUGGGGGGGUCUCUCUCUCUCUCUCUCUCUCUCUGUCUUCAUCUCCAUUUACCUCUAGUACUUGAGCUUUCUGGUCUUCAAGGGGUUUUUAUUUCUAUUGCAAAUAAAGUAUCCAUCUCUUUGG